UCUCCUGCACAAUUGAGACAGUUUCAGUCUCUUUCCUGUCUUAAUUUCUCUAUGGCUUCAGCUGAGACAGAGCACAGAGCUCCCUUCUCACUGGACUCCUACUAUGUUUCAGAGAAACUGGGCUUUGUGCUUCCAGACCCUCUGGAAACUCUUCCACCUUUUUACCAGCCAUGGAUGUAUAUUGCCCUACGUGUGCCAGAAUUUGUGAACAGUCAUGAGCUGCGCUCCCAUAUUAACCAGAUGCCGCUGCUGAGCACCCAGUUCCUCCAAAGCCACAGAGAAUUACGGCUUGCCCACCUGGUUCUUAGCAUGAUCACCAUGGGCUACGUGUGGCAGGAGGGUGAAAAUAAUACUGUUAAGAUGCUGCCAAGAAACCUGGCUGUCCCUUACUGGGAGGUAUCACAGCGCUUAGGGCUUCCCCCAAUACUCACCCAUGCAGAUGCAGUAUUAGCUAACUGGAGGAAGAAAGAUCCAGAGGGACCUUUUAACAUGGAGAACCUGGAGUUGCUGGUCAGACUCCCAGGUGGUGACAGUGUCAAAGGUUUUUUCUUGGUCACUCUGCUGGUGGAGCUUGCAGCAGUGCCUGCAAUAAGGAGCAUUCCCACAGUCAUCAAUGGUGUCAGAAGUGGUGACACAGUUGCUGUGGCCAAAGCCCUGGGGAACAUAAGUCAGUCUAUACAGGACAUGAAUGAUGCACUUAAACUGAUGCAUGUAUAUGUGGACCCUUCAGUCUUCUACGGCAUUAUGAGGAUCUACCUGUCUGGGUGGAAGGACAACCCUUGUAUGCCACAGGGGCUUGUUUACGAAGGAGUGCAGACAGAACCAAUAGAGUGUUCUGGGGGAAGUGCUGCACAAAGUAGUCUGCUGCAUUGCUUUGAUGAACUACUAGGAGUCCAACAUGAAGAAAACUGUUGUGAAUUUCUAACCCGCAUGAGGAACUACAUGCCACCUGCCCACAGAAAACUAAUCCAUGACAUCUCUUUGCAACCAUCUCUGAGGGGAUUUGUCCAACAGCAGGCCAAUGAGGACCUGAACAAGGCCUUUGAUGUCUGCGUUUCAGCACUGUUAGCCUUGCGUAGCUACCAUAUCAAUGUUGUUAGUCGCUUUAUCACUGUACCUGCUGCCCGAGCUCGACAGCUACGCAACAACAGCCAAGAAUCAGAGGGGGAAAUGGUCAGCAGAGCCCCCACAUCUCUAGAGGAGAGAGGCACUGGUGGCUCAGGCAUCAUGACCUUCCUUAAGACCGUGAGGGACAAAACAAAAGAUGUCUUACUGCCAGACACAGCUAAUGACAACUGUCAUUAAAGAAGAUACAAAUACAACUUUGAUUACUGUAAAAGACUAUUUUAAAUGCUGGUGACAAAU